UCUAUUUCUGCAGUGAAUAAAAAACAAUUGGUUAUCUUGUGGGCAGCGAGGUGAAAUGUACUGCUGUAUGGAAAAGCGGGCAGUAUCUCAUGGUGACAGUGAAGAAAUGAAAUAAUGUAAGCUGACAGUAAUUUAUAAAGCAAUCAAUAUGUGCCUUCAGGAGAAAGUAGCGCAACCGCCUCCGGUACAUCAUUUAAUCCAUUUGGUGGUAGAAGUCUAUUGUUUUGGAGUUGCUGAAGUCAAUAGACAAAAUAAUGUCAUAAAUAAAAUUUGAUCGACAAGAGAAAGGCUAAUCAGCAUUGUGUUAUAGAGCUAAAUGAAAUGUUCAUGCAAACCAUGACAAAAAAGUGCUGUUGUAUGCGGGCUUGAUACGUAUUCUCACACCUUGGUAAAAAUAGGGCAGUGCCGCACAAUGAUAUCAUUCUCGGUUUCAUAAAUUCACAAUGUUCCUUUAAUCUCGGUCAGUCCCCAGAGUCGGAAUUUAUUUAUGGACUGUAUGUUUAUUUAUAGACUCCUGUCCAGCGUCACCCAAUAAGCAGGCGUAGAAGAGUAUUUGGAUGACAUAAGAACAGUGUUAUUUUAGUAUUAUUGAUAUACUAUUAUAGUUUUUAUUUUUUUAAUUAAUUAAUUUUAUUUUUAUUUUCUGUUAAAGUUUUAGUGAUUUUGUAGUGUUUUUGUUUUUUAAUUUCUAGAUUUUUUUUUUUUACAUUAUUUAUUUAUUAGUUUUAGUUUAUUUAAUUUUAGUUUGUUUUUUUUUUUUCCUCAAAUUAAACUAGUUAAAACAUAGAAAUGUUGCCUUGGCAGCUAAAAUAUAAUAUGUUUAAGUUUUUUUUUAGUUAACGAUAAUAAUCCUGCAUAAGAAAACUAUAUUUUAGCUUUCACUUUCAUUAAAACUUUAUUAGAACAGCCAUUUUCCCCAAAAAAAAUUAUUUGAAAAAAAAAAAAAAAAUAUUUAAAUUAAAAAAAAAAAAAAAACGGGAAAAAACUAUGGUUUCUGUCUUUAAGAACGGUGAGUUUAAUAUAUAUAUAUAUAAUUUUUUUUUUUUUUUUUUUUUUUUUUUUUUCCCAGUAUGCUUUAUUAAUACUUGCAUAAUGGGCACAUGAAAACAUGCCGCAUAGUAUAGCGAAGCAAAGUCCCAUAUAAUGUUUGUUAGUGACAUUAAGGAAAGUUAUUAUACCCAAAUAAGGCAUAUGAUGACCUCACUAAUCAGUAGAGAUCCUAUCUAUGAAUGACAGUUGGACCGAAAUGAAUUAUAACGUUUGUUAUACAGCAUGCCAAACUUGAGCUUCGUCAGACUUUGAUGGGUUAUUACAGAAGCUGUUGCUUGGCAAUAUCAGCAGCAGCAUCGGUGUCCCUAGAGAGCGCGCGAGAAUAGAAGCACAGGAUGCGCACGCCCAACACACACGAGCGCCGCGCGACCGUUCACAUCUCACCAAACACCACUGCCAAUCGCUUUAAAGUUACACUCCGACCGCAGAUAGGCAUUUUAUCGCAGGCUGCGUUUUAUUUACGUGCCAUGGUUCAGUUACUAACUCGGUACUGAAAUUGAAACCGUUGAAUUCAGCCAGCCCAAACGAAGUGGAGCGCCUACAGCGGCACAUUUGAGACAUAUGAAGAUUGUUGAGGUCCCACCGUUGGGGCCGUGCGUCACAGGCCGUGAUGUGGGUAGAGUGUAGGGUGCUGGAGGCCGGCUGUGGAGGCAGAAGGAGGUCCCUACGCUCGACAGUCAUGAGACUUCCCUGGUCCUUCUGGUUCCUGCUGCUGUUAGGCGCUGGAGGUCUUCUUCUGCUACACCUACAGGACCUCACAGAGACACUCCAGCAACAAAACCAAGGUACAAAGGUCAUAUUCACCCAAGUGCAGGCCAUAAGAAAGGAACAGUGUCCUUAUUGUCUUGACAAUGACAGACAGUCUGAUCCAACAGAAGACAACUUUCCUAGACCUGUGCAACCAGUGCAACUUCCAGUCUUCCCAUGGGUCCAGCGUUCUUCUCUAAUCAACCCCAGAGACAUCGCUGCUUCCCAUGUCACAAAGAGCCACCGUAAACUCCUCCUUAAGAACAACCCACUUGUCCAGCAGCUCAACGCUGACCCUCCUGGCCAGAUCAGGAACAGUCUAGAGCGACUGACUCAGGUACAGAGCUCCCGUCUGAAGCUUAUGAGGGAGGUCUGUGCCAAAUACACAAGCGGAACCACUAAACAGACUAUAACCCGCAUGCACGUGUCCCGGAUCUUUGUGGAGGACAGGCACAAACUCCUCUACUGUGAGGUGCCCAAGGCGGGCUGCUCCAACUGGAAGAGGGUGCUCAUGGUGCUUCAAGGUCUUGCUUCUUCCACAGGAGAGAUCCAACAUGACGAGGUGCAUUAUGGGAAUCACCUCAAGCGUCUAGACUCGUUCAAUCAAAAGGGCAUCAUCCGGCGUCUGAAGACCUACACCAAAGUCCUGUUCCUGAGGGAACCUUUCGAAAGGCUAGUGUCUGCUUUUCGGGACAAGUUCGAGAGUCCAAACUCGUACUACCACCCAGUGUUUGGGAAGCCCAUCAUCUCAAAAUACCGCAGCAAUGCGACGCAGUAUGCCUUACGCACGGGAGAGGGCGUGACCUUCAAGGAGUUUAUCCAGUAUUUGUUAGACGUGCAUCGGCCAGUUGGAAUGGACAUCCACUGGGAGCCCGUUGGACAUCUCUGCAGCCCCUGUCUGCUGGACUAUGAUUUCAUUGGGAAAUUUGAGACUCUGGAGGAAGAAGCCAAUUUCCUUUUGAGAAAUAUCGGUGCUCCUAGCAAUUUAACAUUCCCUAGUUUUAAAGACAGGAACCCUAAUGCAGAAAGGACAUCUUCGGAAAUCACAAAGAGAUAUUUUGAACAGUUAAAUGUGACUGAGAGACAAAGGGCAUAUGAUUUUUACUACAUGGAUUAUUUGAUGUUCAACUACUCCAAACCUUUUAAAGAUUUAUACUGAGGCCUUUUACAGUUAUCUGAUGAACUUGCUGUUGGCCUGAUGUUCAUAUUUUGUCUUAGUGAGGUUAUUUUAUUACUUUAAAAUGUUGUUUAUUUGUUAACAAAUUUUAAUGUUAAAUAUUAAUCACACUCUAUAUUUAUAUCUGCAGGCUGGUCCUUGCAUUUAUCUUGUUAUUUACCAAACAUAUUUAAUUCUAUUCAGUGAGAAACCCCUUAAAGGGAUAGUUCACCCAAAAAUGAAACCUUGUGAACAAAAAAGAAAAUAUUGUAAACAAUGUUUCAGCUGUUUGGUCUUUCAUUGUUUGGACAAAAAAAAAUCUAGAAUAUCUUCUUUCGUUUUCCACAGAAAAAGGUAAGCCAUAUAGGUUUGGAAUGAAUGGUGAAGGUGAGUAAUGAAGGUGAAGGUUACUCACAUAAAGAAAUGAGUACAAUUUUCAUUUUUGGGUGAACUAUCCCUUUAACACAUGUUGUGUGUGAUUUGGCUUAGUGUGUCAUGUUUUCUCAUACUGCCUAGAAUAUAAUAGAAUAGACUGUACUAAGAGUGUCAUGAUGUUAUCAAUUAAAGUGUUGCAGGCAAGUGGUUUUAGCACUAGUCCAGCUUUUCUUUGAGUAUCACUUUACUUAAUAUAACAUGCCGAAACAUUUUCAACAAUGUUAUGUGACAUUUGCAGAUUGUUGCAGGAUUUGGUCUGGUACGUCUGGUAAUGAUAAAAUCGAAAUUUUUGUGAAUGUAUAAGAACAGUUUGUCUACAGUAUGUCAUGUAUCGGAGCAUGACCUGCUACACCUUUGCCUUACUUUCACAUUUCUCAUAUUAUGACAUUUUCUGUAUAUCAAUAAAUGUUAGCACCAUCUUGUAAUGUUAGUUAGAUGACAUCUCUGCAUUAUUGCCUUUUUUAUUGUUAUAAUGAUGUCAUAUAAAAUACCAGUCAUUUCUAGUCUCUUAGGCCCUGUUUCCACGAGGUAUUAAGAUGCGUUUUGGUCGACUGGAUCACAAGUGGACAAGAGACACGUACCCGUUUACACCUGGUGUUUUAAUCCGUCUCUUUUUUCCACUUUCGACCACUUCUGUCCUGAUGUUUUUGUGGGGCAGGUCUAUGGGCAGGUAAAUGUAUGGGCUUUUUCAGAUCUUUCGAUCUUACACCGUGUCCUAACCAGACGCGAUGCGAUAAGAUUCCAGUGACGAGCAAUUUGACUGUCCACACUAGACGCGACAAUGAGAAGCGAUAAAAUCAAUCAAAAAACUCAGCCAAUCAGGAGAGAGUGUGGGCGGGCUCUCUCAGCAAAAGCACAGCAGACGCAAUUAAUGGGCAAGUACAUAGUAAAAUUCAUAAAUAUUACACCAUUUAAACAUUAUUUAAAGUACACUACAUACGGAGUGACUGAACCAAUCUGUGUCAUAGAAUACACUUGUUUGUUCGCAUUGAGCACAUGAACGUUCUUGUGCCCAUUUAUUUAUUUUCAAGAUCUGAGGUGAAUUAGCCAGUGUUGUUUUCAUUACAGAUAAAAAGCUGGGAACACAGAAUGAUAUUCAAACUCAGAUUAGACGAUUUUAACAUUAACUAAAGCACAUAAACAGUACCUGAUAUUAUCAUUGCCAUACUUUGUGUUGCUGUUCCAGCCGCGACGUCGCGGAGAAAUAGAAACCGUUUCCAAAAUAGAAAUUUCGUGUGCCGCCAUCGCAGGCUGGUUAGGACAAAAACUCUGAUUAACAUGAAAAAGAUACCUUUUAUCGCAUGUCGUGGCGUUGCGUCAUGUCUGGUUAGGACACGGUGUUAAAGGCAAAAUAACCGCGUGCAGUUUGCAUAUGAAUGCAACUAGAGAUGUCGGGAAAACACACAGAGAUCAUCAGCUUUCAUUUCUGCUCUGACGGCCGCGAGGCCGUGCUAAGUGCAUGUUAGAAAAUAUAAAUGUUUAGAGAACAUUGUGCUUAGUACAUUUUUCAUCUUACAACCUACACUAAUGUCUUCAGUCUGCAAAGUUUAAAUCCCGUCUGUUUUGCGCGCUUUCCAUAAUGUUUAUUGUGUCAGUUGGCAAACAGUAGGCGAUCUUUAGAGGCUGUUCGAACACUUUUGACCACAUGAGCGUCUACACCUAGAACGCAAUCCGGUCGAAUGCGUUUUCGACUACCUCUGGACGUGGUCGAAAGUGGACAAGCUCAAAAUGUUUAGCGUUGUCCACUUGUGAUUCGAUUCAACCAAAAUGCAUCUUAAUACCAGGUGUAAACAGGGCCCUAGUGUGCAGGAAUGUGCUCUGCAGAAUCUAAACGCUCAUCAUUCAAGUUUCUCACAUCCUUUGCAACUUGUUUAAAAGGUUAGUUCCAUAUAUAUGUCAGGGGCAUUUCCUCCGAGGUGGCAAGGGAGGCAGUGUCUUCUCAAAAAAACUGGAUGAGAAAAUAAUCCUUAUUACAAAAAUAAAACAAUGCAAAUAUUACAAAAUCUGACAUAAAAGUGUAAAGGUCAGUCGUUUUUAUAAAGUAACACUGUCCAACAGCGACACCCGCAGGUAAAGUUACAGCGGGAGGCUUGCCUCCUCUCAGCUCAUUGGCUUUAAACAGACCCCCUAAAGCGUGCGGUGAGUUUGAUGGGGGUAAUUAUUGAGAAUGAAAAAAUCAAACUCGAAAUGGCCUGAAAACAUGAUGACUGUUGGGGUUUUUAGUGAGGAAUCAGCUUGGGGAAAUGAAAAGUACAUCUUCGUCUGUAUCUGUGACCAGUGUGUGUACAAGCUUGAUGACUGUUGAAAAUAGGUUGACUAUUAAAAAGAAAAGCUGAACAUUAGUUCACAAAUAAUAUAUAUUGUUUAAGUUGUUACUGCCUUUAGUAAUUAUUUUGGAAUAAAUGUAAAAAUGUGUAAAAACACUAACUUGCA